AUGGAUUCUAUAAAUUUCUACACUUCAAUAUUUAGCUGGAUAGACACUAUAGAUGAAAAUUUCCCUCCACCCUUGGAUGCUCAUCUGGUUGCUUCUGCCAUGACAGUUUGGAAUCAAGUACAGCCUGCAUAUGCCGCUAACCUGUGGAAUGAAGCCUUAAACAAGCGGCUUGGAACUGAGGGGCUUGAUCUUCCUGAAAUUCUUGUGGAAGUUGAACGGCGUGGAUCAUCUUUUGCAGAACUAUUGACUAUCCCGGAGCAGGAUGGUUGGGUUUACGCUGAUGGGAAGUCUACAUCAUGUGUUGCUUUUGUUCUCGAAAUGUACAAGGAAGCGGGACUGUUUGGUCCACUUGCAGGCUCCAUUGAAGUUACAGAGUUUACGAUUAAAGAUGCUUACUCGUUGAAGUUUUUCGAGAACAAUACAAGUCGAUUACCAAAGUGGUGCAAUGAUGGGGACACAGUGGAACUUCCCUUCUGUCAAAUUCGAGGAAAGUACAGGAUGGAAUUGCCUGGUUACAAUAGCAUGGAACCAUACGCUCACAUGAACGAAAGGUGCCCGUCUAUGCCCCCAGAAUAUUACCGCCCAGAAGGUUGCUAAUGCUCAUCAAUACUUUUGUUUAAUUUGCUUCCAAUGUAUUAUGUAUAUAUAUAUUGCUGGAAGCUGGAUUCAUUCUUUCAUAUUCUGUUCUCUUCUCUUCUCUUCUCUUCUUAUGUAAUGCUUACUGCAAUUGACCUUCAGGUUAGUA